UCCUCUUCCUCCUCUUUCGCGUGUGAGAGGGAGAGCGGGAGCUGCCUCUUCUGUCUCCACAGGAGUCUCCCUUUUAAGGGGAAGGAAGGGAGCCGAGGAAGAGGGCGGAGAAGAAGAGGCCGAAGCGGCGGCGGCUCCUCUUCCUUCCUUCCUUCCGAAGAAACUCUCCCGGCCCUCGCUCUCCUCGCCCUCCCGGCCAUUAACGGCGUCCCUGGGCUCCUCCUGAGCCAGUCCCGGCCCCGCUCCCAGGGGGACUUGGGCCCCUUCCGCCUCGACCGAGCGGCGGCGGGGUCGGGACUCCGGGGAAGCAGCCGAGGAGGCAGAAGUUUCGUUGGGAGCCUCGGAGAUUCCCCCUCCUCCUCCUCCUCCUCCUUCUCUCCUCCGGGUCUCUGCCAUGAAGCUGAGCCGGCAGUUCACGGUCUUCGGGAGCGCGAUCUUCUGCGUGGUGGUCUUCUCCCUCUACCUGAUGCUCGACCGCGGGCACCUCGAGCACCCCAAGAGCCGCCGCAGGGAGGGCUCCUUCCCCCAGGGUCAGCUUUCAAUACUGCAAGAGAAAAUAGACCACUUAGAGCGCUUAUUAGCAGAAAAUAAUGAAAUAAUUUCAAACAUAAGAGAUUCUGUUAUCAACCUGAGUGAAUCUGUCAAAGAUGGACAACGUACUCCAGAAAUUAUAAACUUUAGUCAAGGAAACUUCUCAGAGCUAUCACCUCUUGCCACUAUGUACCUGUCACUUGAUCCUGAAGAUUGCCAGUUUGCUUCAAAACGUGGAAGCCAAGCUUCAGAUGUACAAAUGCUUGAAGUCUACAACAUUCUCCCUUUUGAUAAUCCAGAUGGUGGAGUUUGGAAGCAAGGAUUUGAUAUCACCUAUGACGAACAUGAAUGGGAUAGUGAGCCUCUACAAGUGUUUGUUGUGCCUCAUUCACACAAUGAUCCAGGUUGGCUGAAGACAUUUGAUGACUACUUCAGAGAUCAGACCCAGCAUAUUCUCAAUAACAUGGUUAUAAAACUGCAAGAAGAUAAGGGGAGGAAAUUCAUGUGGUCCGAAAUUUCAUAUUUUUCAAAGUGGUGGGAUGGAAUAGAUAGUCAAAAAAAGGAUGCUGUGAAAAGAUUAAUUGAAGAUGGCCAGUUUGAAAUCGUAACUGGGGGAUGGGUCAUGCCUGAUGAAGCUUCACCUCAUUAUUUUUCUUUAAUUGAUCAGCUGAUAGAAGGACACCAGUGGCUAGAGAAGGCCCUAGGAGUAAAACCAAAAUCCGGCUGGGCAGUUGAUCCCUUUGGGCAUUCACCAACCAUGGCUUAUCUUUUGAAAUGCUCUGGAUUUUCCAAUAUGCUUAUACAGAGAGUUCAUUAUUCAGUUAAAAAGCAUCUUGCAAUGCAGAAAUCACUAGAAUUUUUUUGGAGGCAGAAUUGGGAUUUGGGAUCUAAUACGGAUAUUCUCUGCCACAUGAUGCCUUUUUAUAGCUAUGAUGUUCCUCACACUUGUGGACCAGAUCCCAAAAUUUGUUGCCAGUUUGAUUUUAAACGCCUUCCUGGAGGAAGAGUCAGUUGUCCCUGGAGAGUUCCUCCUGAAGCCAUUCAUUCAGGAAACAUCCAGCACAGGGCAUGGAUGAUUUUAGAUCAGUACAGAAAAAAGUCAAAGCUUUUCCGUACCAAAGUUUUGUUGGCACCAUUAGGAGAUGAUUUUCGCUACAGUGAGAGUUCAGAAUGGGACCAGCAGUAUCAAAAUUAUCAGAAGCUUUUUGAUUACUUGAAUUCUCAUCCUGAAUACCAUGUUAAGGCACAGUUUGGGACAUUGUCCGAUUAUUUUGAGGCCCUCCGAAAAGCCAGUAAUUUGGAUGAAAAAAACAGUAAUUCAGUGUUCCCUGUUCUGAGUGGAGAUUUCUUCACAUAUGCAGACAGAGAUCAUCAUUACUGGAGUGGGUAUUUUACAUCUCGACCCUUCUACAAACGCCUAGAUAGGACCUUAGAAUCGUAUUUAAGGACUGCAGAAAUACUUUAUUCUUUAGCUCUGGUACAGUCUAAGAAAACUGAGAAAACAAAAGCAUUUCCUUCAGCAGAUCACUUCAUUUUACUAAUAGAGGCUAGAAGAAACCUGGGACUUUUCCAACAUCAUGAUGCUAUUACAGGAACAUCUAAAGACUGGGUAGUUGUGGAUUAUGGGACUAGGCUUUUCCAUUCUUUAAUGAACUUGAAGAAAAUCAUCACUGAUUCUGCUCACAUUCUUAUUCUAAAGGACCAAGAAAUGUACAAUUAUAAUCCAUCAACACCAUUCCUUACAAUGGAUGAUUAUCAGUCUUCACAAGAUUCUUUGCCACACAAGACUGUCAUACAACUGAGUAGCCAGCCAAGGUACCUUUUGAUUUAUAAUCCUACAGAACAAGACCAUUCGUCAGUGGUUUCAGUCUAUGUGAACACACCCAGAGUUAAAGUCCUGUCUCCUUCUGGAAGACCUGUUGUGGUUCAACUUAGUGCAGUGUGGGAUGGAACUGCUAAAAUAUCAUAUGAUGCAUUUCAGAUCUCUUUCUUGGCUCAUAUACCACCUUUAGGUUUUGGAGUUUAUCAGCUUCUUGAGGGACAAGGUUCAGAAACUGUAUUGGCUGAUUAUAAUCUCUAUCAUAAUGAUAAAGCUAAAGCAAUCAAGCCAUACAGAAUUUUCAAUGUUAAAGAGAUACAGAAUGCUUUGGAUGAGAUCAUGUUAGAAAACACUUACAUGAAAAUCUGGUUCUCUGGCAAUUCUGGACUAAUUGAGAAAGUAAACACGAAGGAAGACAAUAAAAAUCAUCGUGUGAAGUUGGAGUUUGUUUGGUAUGGAACUGCAAGUAACAGAGAUAAGAGCGGAGCUUAUCUCUUCUUACCAGAUGGAGAUGCCAAGCCUUAUGUUUUUUCUGAUCCACCUAUCAUAAGAGUUACUCAUGGCAGAAUUUUUUCUGAAGUUACUACUUUUUUCCAUCAUUUGACUCACACAGUACGACUUUACAAAGUUCAUGGGCUAGAAGGCCAGUCUCCUGAGAUAACCAAUAUAGUAGACAUCAGAGGAGAAUAUAACCGUGAGAUUGCAAUGAGAAUUUCAUCUGAUAUAGAGAGCCAUAACAGAUUUUACAGUGACCUCAAUGGAUACCAGAUUCAGCCUAGGCAGACAAUGAAUAAAUUGCCUCUUCAAGCAAAUUUUUAUCCAAUGACCACAAUGGCUUAUGUUCAGGAUGACAAAAUUCGCUUAACUCUUCAUUCAGCUCAAUCUCUUGGGGUUGCAAGUUUAAAAAGUGGCCAAUUAGAGGUCAUCAUGGAUCGUCGACUUAUGCAGGAUGACAACCGAGGUUUAGGACAAGGUGUGCAAGAUAACAAAAUCACAGCUAAUCUGUUCCGACUUCUGUUGGAGAAAAGAAAUGGAGUAGAUAUGAAAGAAGAAAAGUUAUCAAUCAGCUAUCCUUCUCUCCUUAGUCACAUAACAUCAUCUUUCAUAAACCACCCAAUGAUUCUGAUGGUUACCUAUGCAGACUCUGGUGUCCCAUCCCUCUUGAAUACUUUUUCUCCUCUAAUUGCACCCAUGCCCUGCGACAUGCACAUUGUUAACUUAAGAACAAUACAGUUGAAGGCUGAUUCAGGUCCAUCAGAUGAAGCAGCCCUCAUUGUUCACAGGAAAGGAUUUGACUGCAGGUUUGCAAACAUGGACCUGGGGCUCCUCUGUUCCACAACUCAGGGAAAGCUAAAAAUGCACAAACUCUUUAACAAGUUUCAUGUGGAAAGUCUUACACCAACAUCCUUAACAUUGAUGCAUUCACCUCCAGAUGCCAGAAAUAUGAGUGAGAUCAGCAUGAAUCCUAUGGAGAUAAACACAUACAGAAUUCAGCUGAGAUGAAAUCUGGUUUUUGAACUUGGUUACUACAGAGGAGUCUUCAACUUUUUGUCUUCUGAAAUACUGGUGUGCAAUAAGAAGCACAUUUUUUAAAUUUCAGGUUUUGGAUAUUGUGACAAUACAUUCAUUCUAGAAUUUUUUUGAUCUCCAGUGUCAUAAAAAGCCAUGAUGCAACCAACUUUUCCUACGCUGUCAUAAGACAUGCCACUAUCAGUAUAAUUAAAUACAAGUGGAGGUGGAGGGAGAAACAAACAAUAUUACUUCUCAUCAACAAAGUGAAUCUCAGGUUAAAUAUUAGUUUAAGGCUUCUACAUUUAUGAUUUUGUGUUGGAAAUGGAGAGAACAUUGAUUUUAAAUUGUUUUUUUGAUCUGUAGGUAGCUUUUAAAUAAUGAUAUAUCAUUGAAAUCCCAGAUACAGCUUGGAAUUGAACCUGAAUAUGCUCUGGCAAAGCUAUUGGCCAAAUACUUAAGACUUCUAUAAAUGACAGUUUCAUUUUAUUCCACCUGGAGUCUGCAUUUAUCCCACUCUAGAAGCAGAGUGAAAUUCAAGAGCCUCUUAGAAGUGUGGAAGAUCUGGAAAUGCAGAACUUACAUCCUGGAAUUUUGAAUUCACCUUCCUUUAAAAAUAUAAAAAAACAAACAACACAACCUUCUGUUUUGCUACUUGAUACUUUGGGAUAUGUGCAAUUACUCCCAUUAUAUAGAGUAAGGAAAUUCAAGUUAUAAUUUCAUGAAUACAAGUUUGUUUUUUUUACAGAACAUUUGGAUACUAAUGUGCUCUAAGAUGUUUUUUCUAUUUCAAUAUUACCAUAUGAAAAUAAAUGUGCCUUAUUUUUUUUAUAUAUGUCUUGUUACUCUUUGUCCACACAGUGUUCUUUGGGGGUUGGGGCGGGAGGGCAGAAGUAAUACAUUCAAACAUGUUUUGACAGUGAUGGCCACACUCUGAUCUUCACCAAAUGUGCGCUGAUGGUGUUUUGAAUGCUUUGACUAUUUGAAUGUAGUGAAAUGAUGUCAUAAAGCAGAACAAUGGAACAAUAAAGAAUACUGUACAAUCCAUCAGCUAUUGGUUAAAAUGUAACAUACACAGAAUUAUGAAGGCAUGCAAAAAGCUGCCUUGCCAUGUGUAUUGUAACAAGCAGUACCUUGAAAAUCAUGUGCCUCUAUUUUUAAAAUAGUGUCCAUGCUUAUGUUGCUAAUAUUUGUUACUAGGGAGAAAUAGCUUCCUCAAAGUUACACUUUUUCUGUAUCAAGUAUUUUGCAUUGAGUUCUGGGCAUCAAGUGGGUUUAAGACUGGUGGGGCACUUUUGGUCCUCCAGAUGUUUUGGACUUUUUCCGUUCUUUUCAAUUUGUCUGUGUGGGGCUGAUGAGAGAUGUAGGCCAAAGCACCCGGAGGAUCAAAGGUUCCCAAGCCCUGAUCUAAAAAUUCUACUCCCCUAAAUAAAAUUGUUUACAAUUUCAAGUUAAGGUUGUAAUCAUAUAAACACUUACUUAGGAGUAAGUCCUAUUGAACUCAGUGGAACUUUUUCUGUAUAGAGCUGUAUAGGAUCACACUAAGUGGAAGUUUAUUAUAAUUGCAUUUCCUUUAACUCUGGCCAUUUUUUUUCUCUUCAGAAAUGAUUUCCUUGAAAAUGAAUAAACAUUCUAAUAAGUCAGAAAUUGCUUUUUUUGCUCAUGCAUUUUUGUACUAUAUGUAUCUGAUCUGUGCCAAAAUUUUUACUAAGGACGUUUAGCAGCACUUCCAGUCUUAACAUUAAAAUAAGCUUUAUAAUUUUGCAAAUGUUGGGAACUCACUUUUUAGAGUCCAUUACAUUGUUGCCCUACAUCAAUUUUUGUAUUAGCAGAAUUUCUUGUGAUUUUGUUGAAAAUUGGUAAAUACAUUGUUUGGGAAUUAUAAGAAUUUGUAAAUGAAUAAUUUUAUGCAAUAAAUAUAAAAUUUUGAAUACUUUUUUUGUUUAGGUGAAAAAUCUGAGCAGAAUGUUCCUGUAACUACUUUUUCAAAAAAUUUAUGGUGUCCAUAGUAUGAUAAAUCUUUGCCAGAAACCUCUGAUUGUUCUUUCAAAACUUCUGAAUAAUAAAAAAAUGAUGCAAUAAAUGACAGUGUUAUUUGUAGAACAUGUUUCCAAAGGAUGUUUCAUAUUGUUAGACCUGCAGCCCAGUCUUAAACCUGUUUACUCAGAAGUCCUCCUCUCAACAGGAUGUAAUUCCUAGUAUGCAAGUUUAGGACUGCCCACUUCCUUUAUUUUUUUGAAACUUUGUCAUCUGUAGAAUCAUGCUUGAAUAUUCCUUAACCAACAUUUGCUUUAAUUUAAAGUUGAUUUUCAGGGGAAAUGCCUUUUGUGAUAAUGGUAAUUAAUUGAAUAAAUUCUUUAGUUUUCAAAAUUUA